AAUCACGAGCUAAACUUCAAAAGGAUUUCAAAGAAUUUCAAGCCAGUUCUCAUCCCUUCUGUUUCUUGGAAAAGAGCGUAGUUGUGUAUAUGAGGCCCUGCCUGCCUAUCGGAACAAUCAUUAGAGGAGGCGUCACGACUGGUUAAUCAGUUCAAGCUCAAGAAGGAACAAACAAGAGAAACAAUCUCUUAUUUGAUCGAUAUCAUGUCGGAAGUGAACAUUUCACUUUUUACUGCCGAUGGUCUCCGCCAAGACCUGGAGAAAUCCGACAGAGAUUUGACAACUCUUGGCGUCGUGUUCACAAGUGCAAGUGUCAAGGCCGGAUAUUGGAUCGCUUACAAGACUAAAGAAUACAACCCUAAGGCUGGAGACUCUGUCCAGAAGAACAUCCAGAUAUUGGAGCCUGGGGACGAGUUGGACCUCAAUUUUAACCCAGGCUCCAUUUACAGCGUCCCGACAACGAGACAGACGGCCGUUGUGUUCGAGCAUGCGUAUUACGGUGGAUCGCGAAAGGCGUUCGAUGACUACGGAUGCCCGGAUGUGACCGCUCUAUUUCCCCCGGGUGAUAUCGGAGGCGCCUCUUCCCUCAUAAUCAACCAGACCAAGAAAUGGGAACUCUUCACCGAGACUCAGUACAAAGGACUCGUCAAGACCGAGGAACCGGGGUGGUACGCGACGCCAGAGGAGAUGAAGUUCCCCAAUGACCGACUGAAAAGCAUUCGUCCCCGUUAACUUGACAACCACGCCCACACAAAAUAGGUUUAUUUUUUGGGCAGUAAUAUCGUUACAUAGUCGCAUCCAGAGGCCUUUAGUCAUUAAAUUUUGGCAUGUUAAAAGACUUGGAAAAUAAGAAAAUAAUCAUUACAUCUAAUAAAAAAUAUCAUUAAGGUG